GCAAAACCGGGAGUAAAACAAACGAUUAUCUGCUUAAAUUAAAGGCAGUUGGACUCGACAGUAUGGACGAAGUGAUCGUGACGUCACCCACUGAUUUGCUAUACACAAGUUUUUCAGCCCUGACCUAGGGCGCCGCCAUUUUUCCUUUUUUGUGUGAGGCACAUAACUUCCGACUCUAAACUGCCGGGGCGUCAGACACAGGAUGGGCUGCCCUGUUCUGUGAGACUGCUGGGCAGCCUUCUUAUUUCGAACAGCAUUCACCAGGGCGGUGGGAGUACCAGCACUCCCAAUACCAAAUACAACACGGAAACUGGCACUGAUAUUAUCAAGCCCACAUCUGGGGGGAAAGUGGGCAUGAAGGAGUCUGUACCAAAGUUUUACUAUGAACUGUGGUUCAUCAUCCUGAUGGCUGGCCUGGGCCUGAUCCUGUUAGCCAUCUUCCUGGGCCUACUACUACAUAAGGCUUUGAAAAAGCCCCCCUUCACCAGAGAGCGUCCCCCACUGGUGCCUCUGCCCCUGCAAAAGAGAAGCCCAAUAGGGGUCUACCCCCCCAGUGACUCGUACUUGUUUGACACAGUCCCGGACACAACUAAUGCCUCAAGCAGUGUCACUCUUAAAGGAUUCACAUUGCAUACGGAGGGGGUGACAGAAAACAAGAUUGUGUCAGGCAGUGUUUCUGAUGACCGCAAUACCAUGUUUGCCCUCCAUGGGCCUUGCCAGCUGAGUCAUGCCCACUCCCAGAAUUCCCUGCACCGCAGUGUCAGCCAGCUCAUUGACGCACAGGACAGGAAGUUUCUGAUGGAGGAUGGGAUAUGGAGCUCUGUUGUGCGGGGUCAUGAUAGUGGCCUGUUUAUGGAUGAUGAGGAGUUUGUGGACACAAUCAAAGGGUUCAGCACAGUGAGAAAGGAGCACACCAUGUUUACAGAUACAAAUCUGUAACUGUUGUAACCCCUCAGCCUUCUUUGUACAUUUGAGGUGAUACAGACCUGGUUUGUGAGAUGACCAUUACAAUGUCCAUGAAACUAUCUGGAUCUAAGUCAUCCUGUUUAAUUCAACGAUUGCUUGUUCAGUAUCAUGGACUAUCUUUUAGAUAUGGUAUUGAAACUGGCUUUCUGAUGGCUGUUAUGAAGUCUCAUGAAACAAAAAGACACAAUUAAGCUUUGUGGUUGAUGAAAAUGCUAUGUUUGUUACAAAAAAGCAACUAAGCCUAGUGGCUUUGCAGGGAAUGUAUGUUGAAAUACCAUCAGAGCAGAACAUUAGUCCUAGAAAGGACAGCACAGUAUUGUAUAUUGUAACUGAAACUUGCUUGAACAGACAUAAUCAAUAAAUCUAUGUAUAAGA